ACGUCACUAUGGCGGGAGGUAAUGGCUGUGACAAGUUCAACUAAAUAACUUUGCUCCCUGGUUAAAUGUUUGAAUUCAUGUCGACGUCGUGAAUGGUCGUUAUCAAAGAUAGCUAACGAAUGCUGAAAUGUCUACGUCUUCUGUAUCAAAGGGUUGUUUUGUUUUCAAGCCAGACGCCCAGAAGAAGAAGAAACGUUCUCUCGGUUUAGAGGACUACUUUACGCAUGGCUGUGAAGGAUCUGAGACCAGUGAAAUACGCUUCAGACUCUUCGAUGAUCUGUGGAACAAGAUAAAAACAGAUACGGAGCUUUUGCAGGAUGAACUCAACAGGCAAAUCCUGGACAGCUUGCUGGACUUCACCAGGAAGUGCUCCUCCACUCGUCAACAAAGCGACUGGGCCUCACGGAUGAGAGCCAGCGAGAUUCCCACAGCAGCACUCAUGCUUGGUGUGAAUGUGCCGGACCAUGACAUGACCUUCCAGAGCCUGUCUGAGCUGCUGCAGCAGUCUGUGACUCCUCAUGUGGCCUGUGUCCAGGCCAAAGAGUGUGCAGCAUUGAAGCACUUGAUGAAGAGGGUCUUGGAGAGGUUGAUGGACACCGUGGUGGCUUUUGAUGAUGAUGACGACGAUGAACAAGAGAUGGUGCCUGAGCAGAGAAGCACUCUGGCGCACAAGAAUGUGCACUGCUCCCUGAGCUCUCUUUGUGAAUGGUACAGCACGCAAACAAAGAAAUCAGACACUCCCGGGAAAAAGCGCAGGUCUCUGAGCAAAGAUCAGCACUCCCCCAUUGUGGUUAUUUUUAAAGAUUUGGAGGCCUUCAACCACAAAGUUCUUCAGGACUUCAUACUCAUCUGCAGAAAAUGCUGGCUGAACUCCAAAUUGUUCUACUUUUGGGGCAUUCAACUUACAAAUCGCUACAUUGAGCGGCUUCCCCUCAUGUUCAUCUUCGGCAUCGCCACGUCGCCCACCACCAUCCAACACAUGCUGCCCCAUUCUGUGUCGUCGCUGCUGUGCAUCGAGCUCUUCCAAUCUCUGUCGUGUACUCAGCAUUUGGCGACAGUCAUAGACAAGUUGGUCCUGACACAUCAUUUCCCUUUUAAGCUGACUGGCAAAGUGAUGCAGGUGCUGGUCAGCCUCUUCCUGUAUCAUGACUUCUCAGUGCGGAACUUCAUCAAGGGCGUUCAGCUGGCUCUGCUGGAGCACUUUCACUCACAGCCUCUCAGUGUGCUGUGCUGCAAAAAGAAGGAAGCUCUGCGUAACGUCAUGCAACUCAGCCACGCUGACCUUGAGAGGAUCAGGAAGCUGCCAUCGUUCACAAGGUAUGUUGAGAAGCAGGAAUCUGAAGAGCGGGCUGAACUGUUAAAGAAUGACGCUCAAUUAAAGGAGGUUUGCCACAAGCUUAUCAAGGACCUUCACAAAUACCACAAGAAUUAUUACCCUACACUGAAGUGUCUCCACGCUUUGACCUCGUCUUUGCCUCGCUACCCCCUCGGAAAACAGGCAAGAAGGCUUUCCUCUUUAUCUAAACAAUAUAUCCUUUUUAUUAUUAUUAUUAUUUAUUAUAACUUUCAUAGUUGUUCCUGUGUAACACGGGAUUAUCCGCAGAUCCGAGAGCUCCAUUUAAUUUGCCUGGAGAAGAGUGUUUGGGAGACUGAGGAUUACCAGUCAGCCUUGAAGCUGCUUAAGAUGUUGGCCAAGGACGAGCUCAUUGCUUUGCUCCAGAGAUGUGCAGAGAUCCUGCAACCUGUCAAGUCAAAGAAGAUGAAGAGCGCCCUCGUCCAGCUGGAGGACAUGAUCACCAAAUUGAAGCAGCUGGAUGCUGCCAGUGAGGUGGCUCAAUGUGAGGAAGGAAGUCUCACCUCUCCUGUGAAGGAACUUCAGAAAAAGACCGAUCUGUUCCAGCUGCAGAAGGCUCUUCUAGAGAUGAGCGAGUCCAGAAGAUCCAAGAAGCAGAGUCCUUUUGAGAUCCUGCGAAGUGAAGCACUGGAGUUUAUCGACAACCUCGUAAAGAGUCACCUAUUUCCUCCAGAGUGUCAGACGCUGAAUGAAGUCUGCUACUACAGCUCCUCUUCCUCUGUCAGACGCCACCUCAACGCGACACCCCGCACCUCCAUUCAGGCUGCGCUCAGCAGUCCUUACUAUUAUCUUUUGAAUGACAAUCUAAAAACAGAAGACGGGAGCGUCUCCAAUGCAGCGCCUGACAUCUGUCUCACCUACAAGCUGCACCUGGAGUGUGGCCGCCUCAUUAACCUCUAUGACUGGAUGCAAGCCUACGCCACUGUGGUGUCUGCUGCAGAGGGCCAUGAUCCAGAUUCUGAUAACUUUGGGAAAGUGGACGAUGUCAAACACGCUCGGUUCAUCCGAGCUGUGUCAGAGCUGGAAUUUUUGGGCUUCAUCAAGUCCACCAAGCAGAAGACAGACCAUGUGGCCCGACUCACUUGGGGUGGCUGCUGACCCGCCUCUCUGUGGUCCAAAUUGAUAUCAUGGAAAUAUUAAACUUAAUGCCUGGUA